AUGAAAUUCACUGCCAUGCGUGAUCAUAGAGAUCUAAAGACUCUAUCAACUGAUAAGCUUUUUAGUGAUCUAAAAGCCUAUGAGUUUGAAAUGAAGUCAAGGACAGAGGAAGAACACGGAGAAAAGAACAAUGCACUAGUUGCCGAACAACCGUCCACGCCAAGGAAAUUCAAGAGGUUCAUGAGGAAAAACAAUCACAAAAAUUUUCCUAAAGCAAGCACGUCACGAAGGCAUAAAAAGGAAACCAUGGAGGAGAAUUUGAAUUUAUGCUACAACUGUAGAAAGCCUGGACACUUUAUGGCCAAAUGUCCUUAUCCCAAGGUAAGAAAAAAUCAAUCUAACACCAUGCAGGAGGAAACCAAAGUCAAGGAUAGGAGAUUCAACAAGAAAGACAAAAGGAAAGCUCUUAUUAGUGACCCACUAGAAACAAGUGAGUCUGAGGAAUCUUCUAGCAAUGAACGUGACAGUUCUACAGAUGAUACUGCACUAUUUGGAAUGAGCAUGUCAAGCAAUUCAAAUAAUCAAGACUUAUGUCUUAUGGCACACGAAACAGAUAAUGAUGAGGUAACUUCUAAAUCCUUUGAUUCUGUAAGCUCAUCUUUCUCUAAAGAGUCUUAUCUUUCAUUUAAUGAAGGAUUGUCAAACCAUGAUGGACACUUACUCGCAAAUCAAGGAGCGCAAUAA